CAAAUACUUUAUUGUUCGCGAACGACGUUAUUAUGUUUCAAUAAACUUUAUUUAUACAGCAAGUGAGCUUUAAUCCUUGACAGUCGGAUUCAAAAUAACAACAGACAAGGGGAAAAUGUAUAGCAUUUCACAUAACUGAACAACAGUCGGAAUUUCACUGGAAUUUCCAAAAGAAUUUCAUGGACGCCUCUCUGUGGUGAACAGCCAUCGGAAAGGAGCUCACCUUUGCUCCUGGAGGUAUCAAUCAUUAGGGAUGGAUGUGGCCUCAGCAGGUGACAGGAGCACAGAGUGCCAACUGGCCUCUGAGGAGAUGGAGGGUAUCUGUGUAUUGCCAGACAUGGGGGCCAUCAAGGCAGAGCAUCAAGUGGGGGGAGUGAGUGGGGAUGAAGGAGGAUCCCAGAACGUUGCCAUGGGGAUUAAAUUCAUCCUGCCUAACCGCUUCGACAUGAACGUCUGCUCUCGCUUUGUCAAGUCACUCAAUGAGGAGGACAGCAAGAACAUCCAAGACCAAGUCAACUCUGAUUUGGAGGUGGCAUCUGUCUUGUUUAAAGCGGAGUGCAACAUUCAGACGUCUCCUUCACCAGGCAUCCAAGUGCGACACGUAUACACGCCGUCCACCACCAAACACUUCUCCCCCAUUAAACAGUCCACCACACUCACCAACAAGCAUCGCGGCAAUGAAGUGUCCUCAACCCCACUCCUGGUGCACUCUCUCUCCAUCCAUCAACUGGCCGCUCAAGGGGAAAUGGUGUUUCUGGCAAGCAGGAUUGAGCAAGAGACUGUGAUAAACUUGCAAGAUGAGGAAGGGUUCACUCCUCUGAUGUGGGCUGCUGCACACGGGCAGAUUGCUGUGGUGGAGUUCCUGCUGCAGAAUGGGGCAGACCCCAACCUCCUGGCUAAGGGCAGGGAGAGUGCUCUGUCUCUGGCUUGCAGUAAGGGCUAUACCGACAUUGUGAAGAUGCUCAUUGACUGCGGUGUGGAUGUCAAUGAGUAUGACUGGAAUGGUGGGGCCCCUUUGUUGUAUGCAGUUCAUGGAAAUCAUGUCCGUUGUGUGGAAAUCCUUCUAGAGAGCGGAGCUGAUCCCACCAUGGAGUCUGACUCUGGCUUCAACGCGAUGGACAUGGCAGUCGCAAUGGGCCACAGGAAUGUUCAACAGGUCAUGGAAGCACACCUGCUAAAACUGCUACAAGGAAUUAAAGAGUGACUACAGCACAUGAAUGUGACUGCACACAAAUCAAUUUGGAUACUAACAGACUAUUUACUUCGCCAAUUCAUCUCCAGAUGCAUCAAAUGUACCUGAAGUCAUUUUUCUUUCAUUUACAACCAACCCAAUAGAUAAUUUUAGUUUGUUUCGUAGCUAGAUUUUUUUUUAAGUGUUCACAAGUUUUGUGUAGCAGUACAUUCACAAAGUUUACCAGUUUUCCGUUGAUGCAUAGGUUUUUUGUAAAGAUUCCCGCACAGAAAAGGUAGAAGUUGUUUUUGUUCUGUCAUUAACAAAAUAAUGUUAUAUAUAUGUGAUGUAAUCGGCAUGGAUGGGUUUCUUUUGCUUUAUUCCCAUUGUUGUUAUGAGUGUACAGUUACUUUAAUUUAUUUAUUUAGGAACCAUCAUAAGGUUAUUUGUGAAUGAAACCCUCUCUAGUUUUGUUACUUGUUUAGAAAACCAGAGAUUGCUUUUUUUUAAGCAUGCCAAAACAUGAAAAGGUUUCUCUCUCUGUGUAAUGCAUGUUUCAGAUACAUUGUUUAGAUAAAAAUUUCUUCCAAAUGAACAGUGAGGAAAAACACUGGUGCCAUUUUCAGUUUGUGUUUCCCUAGUUAAUGUUUGUGAUUACUUCACCCACUUUGCCUCGAGGCAAACCAAAUAAUUCACAUAAAGAAUAACAGUAUUGUGGCUGGUUUUACACAAGAUCCGAAUUUUCAAGGACAAUAAGAUACUUUCCCCAUUUCUUGUCAUCAGUAAAAGGAAGAAUACUGAAGUCCGCUGCUCGCCCAGUCUGUUUUAUAGCUUCCCAUCACUUUGAUGUAAUUGCCACUUGCGUGUUAUUUUUGGGCUUAUAAACCAUUUUGAUAUAAUCCAUAA